AUGCUUCUCCUCCCCACGAUCAGUAAUGUAGCCCUCAUUCUAGGCGCUGCCUUUUCUUCAGCUUCUUCUCCCGUGGACGUAUCGACUCCGAGCUGUGAGGCGAGCCGAUUCCUCACCAUCUCCACGACAAACGGCCCCAUCACGGGUCAUCCGGCGUCCAACUCGGCCUGCGUGCUGGAAUACUUGGGCAUUCCGUUCGCGCAGCCGCCAGUCGGCGACCUUCGUUUUGCGCCGCCUGAAAAGAUCCAGUCACAGAAGCCCUACAUAGCUGCAAAGUUCGGCGCCGAUUGUCCCUUGACGCCGUCGAAGCUCGUCGACUACCCCGGGUUUACGCCCCAGGCGCAGCGGAUUGUCAACUAUUUCGCCUCUGCGGCGGGAACCCCCCAGAGCGAAGACUGUCUCACUCUCAACAUCUGGGCCAAGACGACGCAGACGUCAUUGGCGUCGGAGAAGCCCGUCUUGGUCUUUUUCUACGGAGGCAGGUUCACCAUUGGAAACACAGACAGCCCUUUCUACUCUGGCAAAUACUUUGCCGACGCAGAGGACAUCAUCGUCGUCACAGUCAACUAUAGGCUCAACGUCUUUGGCUUUCCGGGAGCCCCUGGCGAGACGCAAAACCUCGGUCUCCGCGAUCAGCGAGCAGCUGUCGAAUGGGUCCGCGACAACAUCAAGCACUUCGGCGGUGAUGCCAACAAAAUCACCAUCUCUGGCCAGUCUGCCGGAGGAGUUGCCGUCGACUACUGGGCGUAUGCAUACCAGGAGGAUCCGAUCGUCCACGGCGUCAUUGCGCACUCGGGCAAUGUUUUCAGCUUCCCAGUGAAUGCCGCUGGCGUUUCUGAAAGGAACUGGAAGACUGUUGUGGCUGCUGUCAACUGCUCUUCUGCUGGCGAUGCCAUGGCUUGCAUGCGCAAGGCCGACUGGCAGGCCAUCAAGGCGGCUGCAGCAGGCAUCAAGCCCACGCCGAGCAGCAGCGUUCUGCGAUCGAUACCAGCGUUCUACCCGAUGCCGGAUGAGGACCUCGUCUUCUCCGACUAUCUCAAGCUGACCAGCUCAGGCAGCUUUGCAAAGGUGCCGCUCCUGUUGGGAAACAACAACGACGAAGACGGUUACUAUCGCAUCCCGGCGUUUCCCUCUGGUGUGAUACCGACUGCCGACCAGGUCGCGUCUUUUCUGCUCGAGUCCUUCACCUGCCCCGUGUCCCACCAAGCCGGUGCUCGCCGCGAUCACGGAGUUCCGGCCUGGGCGUAUCGCUACAUGGCCGACUGGGACAACACUCGCCUCUAUCCGACCAGCGGCGCCUAUCACGGCGUCGAUCUGCACAUGGUGUUUGGGGCGUCAGCAGACGUCAGCGGACUGCCCACGACUGCGGAUCAGAGGAGCCUGACGAAGCUGAUGCAGCAUGCUUGGUUUUCGUUUAGCAACAACCCGACAUCGGGACUUGGCAGCAUUGGAUGGCCCCAGUUUGACCCGGAUGCUGCCUCGUUGAUCCUUCUGGGCCAGGACAACUCUCCAGAGCCUCAGUUUGUGUCUCCGUCGCAAUUCGAUCAUGCUUGCCCAAACAUCACGUUGGCAGGCAUAGGAACGACUGUGCCUGCAGUCGCCGAUGCAAUAUCGCUGCCGCUGUAG